AUGGAUUGGAAUGAUGGAGCAAUCAAGGAACAAGAAGGGAACAGGGAGGUUUCUCUUGGAAAGGUUGAUGAAGUUGUGGACCAAGGACCAAAGAAGAAGCACUACCUUGUCUUCUUCUAUGGAACCUAUGAACAGGCCAUUGUUAAGCCAAGUGACAUAGUCCCAUAUGAACUGAAGAAAGAUGAGCUUGGAAAAGAGCAGAAGAGGAAAUUCUUUAGUGAAUCUGAAAUCAAAAGGAAUCUUGCCAUCCUGUUUCAGGUGGAACAAGGUGUUCUCUCAAGAGAAGCCACUGAAAAGAUCAGGGCCAAACUAUCCAAAUUGAAAGGGGAGGGUGGUGUUGAAUCUCCAGUUGCUGAUGCACCUGCAACAAAGAAGCCAAGGAAAGAGAAGGAUGUUUUAACUCCAGCCCCUAUUGUCCAUGGAGAGAGCACAUUAUCCAAUUCUUCUACACCACCCGAGGAGAGAGUGAGUCGCAGUGGACGGGUCAUCAAACCAAGAAAGUUCAUUGAUGAGCAAGAGGAAGGACUGGCUCUUCGUGGAGAACCCAAUGCUACAUCUACACCUGCUCCUGGUGCCACACGAAGAGGUCUCAGAGGUCGACCUGUUCCUCCUUCCCCUGUUGUUGACAAGAAUGCUGAAUUGGGACAGAUUUCCAAUGGCAUGGACUCCAGUCUCUCAGAAGGAAAGCCAGCAGCUUCCCAUGAAAAACUGGAAGCUGUUCCAAUGACUGAGCCAAGCCCUUAUGAUCAGGGUGAAGAGAGACAUAGUGCUCGACAUCAAACUGUUAGGGAAUCUUUGGAUUCAUCUGAACCAAAACUUACACAGAGGGGAAAGAGAGGCAUUUCAGAAUCCAAUAAGCACAGUGACUCAGAGGCUACAUUGCCCAAGAGACUGAAGAGGCAACAGCAAGAGAAAAAGUUUCCUGUACCUUCAUUUGAUACUUCAGUGAAGAUUUCACCCAGAGAUGCUACUGCAAAGAUAGCAUCACGUGAUGGGACAGACCUACAUAAGGAAGCUAAGGUUGCUGAAGACAAGACUAGGGCUACUCAAGUGCCAGUAUUUAAACAUUUGGCAUCAAAACCAGAUUUGGAGAAAGUUGGUGCUAAGAAUGUGGCAAUAGUGUUUGAGGAGAAGGAGAGUCAGGGAGAGAAGAAGGGAAAAUUAGAAGACAGUGUCAAGGCAGAAACCAACUAUGUAACUGCUGAAGUCACACAGCCAACAAGGGAUGUUGAGAAAGGUUCUGAGAAGCAGAUGUUGGGUGAAAUUAUUCCAUCCAUUUCUGUCAUCACCCUUGAAGAAGUUUCCCCAGAGAGCAUGUCUGAGACCGAGCACCCAAUUGUAGUUUCAGAGCAGACAAUUACAUUGAAGUCAAAGCCUGGGCAGAGUGAAGAUGAACAAAAGGGCAAAGAUGAGGGAACCAGUGUGAGUGGGAUGCCCAAACGUCACCAAGCAUGCUUGGAAGUCUCAGAAGUUGAGAAGCCCCAGACAGUCACAGAUAUUCCAGGGGAAGCUAUGAAAGUCCCACCCUUCAUCAUCAGCCUGACUUCUGAUACUACAGGAAAGUGUCUGGAACAGACACAGGAGGGAGUGGUGACACAGUUGCGGAAGUGUCGAGUUCGUAUGCCACGGGAAAAGAAGCAGCAACCAAGAGACAUAUCAGAAGCAGAGAAGGCCAAGUCAAAGGAAAAGGACUGCACAGAACCUGAAAAGAAAGGGAAGAUGAAGGACACCAUCCCACGUGUUAAAGAGAAGGGAAUCGGAGGGGAAGCAGCACUCCUUUCUCUCUUGUGCAAGGAAAAGGAAGCUGAGAAGAAAGGGAGGGCAAAAGAUAAUGUUGAACCUGAAAAGAAGGACAAGGACAAAGGGAAGGGAAGCCCAGCAGAUAUGUCCCCUCGCAAGAAGACCAUGUUGGUCAAGUGCGCCUCAGGGGAUUUAGUCCGGGUCACCUGCAGGAAUGAUCUCCCCAAAGUCUUCCAAAAUGAAGAGGAUGAGAAGUUCUAUGAGGUGAGAAUGAAGGAAAACAUGUGCUGCUUGGAGUCCUUGCUUGUGAGGGGAGUGUACAUUCCACCUGAGGUGAAGAAGGUUAUGAUCGAACGUGGUGAUCUCAGUCCUGAUUUCAAGGCUCAUCUCAUUGAAGACCGGAAAAAAUGGAAGAAGCAAGUUAAGCUCAAGUAA